AUGGCUCCUCUACCACCCGGUCUCAAAAAGCCCUCGGCUCGAACCCUUCGCCACCAGCGCGUAACGGGCCAAAUCCACCCUCAAGCGCCCCAAAAAGUCUUCCGCGACGAUGCCGCUGUCACAGAUUCCUUCCUCUCUAGCAAGCGCGACAAGCGCCUCAUUAAGCACUCCUCUUUUGUCUCCCGCAUCCAGUCCGCGCGCAUCUCAAAGUCCACCAAGCGUCGUCGUCCCUCCAAAAAGCUCGCCACCACGCUCGAUGGUCUAGCCGAUGCGCUGCCAGAGCUGGAGGAGGCUGAUGCAGAGCAACAGGGAAAGAUCCGACACAAGAGUUUGAAGAGCAAGAGGGGUGCGUUGAAGAAGAAGGAGAGGGUCGUCAAGGGUGAGAUGGAGAGGUUUGGAGUUAGUAUGGCGAGGUUGACGGCGCAGGAGGAGGAGAAGGUUGUGCCUCAAGACGAAAAGAUGGAUGAGGAGGAGAAAAAAGCUGCUCCUGCGGCUACUGCGAAUCGAUGGGCUGCGUUGAGAGGAUACAUUUCUUCGACGAUGGAGCAGAACCCUGCUUUUACUGGAAAGAACUAA